CAGGAGGACCAAAGCGCAGAGCUGGUCUGGCUACAUCCGAACAGCAUGUAGAUAACCGCAUCAGCUGCGGUACUUCUGUUAAGCUAUUUAUUUUUAAAGGGGAAAAAAUACAGUCAGAAUACUGCCUCUCUACGUAACCUUAAUCAAAAGGCAAUUUCAGGCUAUAUGUACAUUUUCUCUUUUUUUGCAUUAAAUCAAGACGAUCGCCAUCUUUUCUAUUAGCUUGCCUUUAUUUUAUUUUAUUUUUUAAUUGGGAAUUUCUUCCUUUUUUCCAUCCCAUUCCCGUCCUUGGAUCAUGGCCUGGUUUCCUCGGAGCAGCGGAGACACCAGAUGUGCUAGUCCCUGACAAUUGACCCCCCAGCACCCCCCUCCCUGACCCCCUCCCUCCCUCCCACCGCAGACUGCCACCGCGCGCCCUCUCCUGACGCCCGCCCCCUGAUGGAUUGGGACCGCAACGGCCAGCUGGCAGACGGCGACCGACUCACCUGUUGACCCCUGGGGGAGAACACGAGAGACUCCCCACCCUUGAGAAGAAGACAAUCCCAAACCGCUGAAGUUUUUUUUUCUUUUAAAAACAACAACAACAACAACAACAACUAAAACUCUCACACACACACCCUACCCAAAGGCACCUCUCGUCCCAUGGAUCAGUGAGAGACGCGGGACCAGGCGAGAAACACGAGCGAAACAACAACACCGCCGCCAUCUUGCAGUGGUCAGAGGCAGGGGGUCUGGACCAGCGACUCGUUGAGAUCUGCCGCUCGGAAGAACAGGGGGCACAGCUGCCAUGGGGGAUCUAGCCAACAGCGCAGUGGAGUUUUACCCCAAAAACCAGCGGGGCAGCAGCGCCGGGGCAGGAGGGGGCAGCGAUGCCAACCACACGGGGGGGUUUGGCGCAACCCUGGAGGAGCUGAGGACCUUAAUGGAACUGCGGGGCGGGGAGGCUUUGCAGAAGAUCCAGGACAGUUACGGCGACGUUGGUGGGCUCUGUCGCCGGUUGAAGACCUCCCCCAAUGAAGGUCUCUUGGACAACCCUGUGGAUCUGGAAAAGAGGAGGCAGGUGUAUGGUCAGAACUUCAUCCCUCCCAAGAAGGCCAAGACGUUCCUGCAGUUAGUGUGGGAGGCCCUGCAGGAUGUGACGCUCAUCAUCCUGGAGAUCGCAGCCAUCAUCUCCCUGGGCCUCUCUUUCUAUCAGCCCCCCGGAGAGGAGAGCGAUGCUUGUGGCAAUGUGUCUACGGGAGAAGACGAGGGGGAGGCAGAAGCAGGCUGGAUCGAAGGGGCGGCCAUCUUGCUGUCGGUGAUCUGCGUCGUCCUGGUGACAGCCUUCAACGACUGGAGCAAAGAGAAGCAGUUCAGGGGCCUCCAGAGCCGCAUCGAGCAGGAGCAGAAAUUCUGCGUCAUCCGGAAUAGCAUCGUCAUCCAGAUCCCUGUGGCUGAGAUGGUGGUGGGAGACAUCGCCCAGGUCAAAUACGGUGACCUCCUCCCGACUGACGGGAUUAUGAUUCAGGGGAACGACCUGAAGAUCGACGAGAGCUCCCUCACUGGAGAGUCAGACCACGUAAAGAAGUCAACAGAAAAAGAUCCGAUGCUUCUAUCCGGCACACAUGUCAUGGAAGGCUCUGGCAGGAUGGUAGUCACGGCUGUGGGGGUCAAUUCCCAGACUGGCAUCAUCUUCACCCUGCUGGGAGCUGGAGAGGGGGAGGAGGAGAAGAAAGACAAGAAAGACGCUAACCCCCUAGCUGGCACUGCCAACUUGAUGUCCUCUCAAGCUGCUGACACACCUGACUUGCCCAACGACGGUAAACCAAGUGGCAUCACCAAUGGCAAACAGCAGGAUGGAGCCGUGGAAAACAGUCAGAACAAAGCCAAGAAACAGGACGGGGCGGUGGCCAUGGAGAUGCAGCCCCUAAAGAGCGCCGAGGGAGGCGAGGUGGAGGAGCGGGAGAAGAAGAAAGCCAACGUGCCCAAGAAGGAGAAGUCUGUGCUGCAGGGCAAGCUCACCAAGCUGGCCGUGCAGAUCGGCAAAGCAGGCCUGGUGAUGUCUGCGAUCACGGUGAUCAUCCUGGUGCUGUACUUCGUGAUCCAGACCUUUGUGAUCGAAGGCCGGACCUGGCUGACAGAGUGCACCCCUGUGUAUGUGCAGUACUUUGUGAAGUUCUUCAUCAUCGGCGUCACUGUGUUGGUGGUGGCCGUUCCUGAGGGUUUGCCACUGGCUGUCACCAUCUCUUUGGCCUACUCUGUCAAGAAAAUGAUGAAGGACAACAAUCUGGUGAGACACUUGGAUGCCUGCGAAACAAUGGGCAAUGCCACAGCCAUCUGCUCAGACAAGACUGGAACCCUGACCACCAACCGCAUGACAGUGGUACAGACUUAUAUUGGAGACAAUUACUUCAAAGAAGUCCCUGAGCCCCACUCCAUUAACCCCAAAACAAUGGAGCUCCUGAUCAGUGCCAUCGCAGUCAACAGCGCUUACACCUCGAAGAUCAUGCCUCCAGACAAGGAGGGUGGCCUCCCAAAGCAGGUGGGGAACAAGACGGAGUGCUCCCUGCUGGGCUUCGUGCUGGACCUGAAGAGAGACUACCAGGCAGUGCGGGAGCAGAUUCCAGAGGACAAGCUCUACAAGGUCUAUACCUUCAAUUCCGUCCGCAAGUCCAUGAGCACUGUGGUCCGUUUGCCGGACAGCAGCUUCCGGCUCUACAGCAAGGGAGCCUCUGAGAUCCUCCUGAAGAAGUGUUCCAGCAUCCUGAACAGCAAUGGGGAGGUUCGAAACUUCCGGCCACGCGACCGUGACGAAAUGGUGAAGAAAGUGAUCGAACCCAUGGCUUGCGAUGGCCUGCGCACUAUCUGCAUCGCCUACCGCAACUUCCCUGCUUCCCCUGAGCCCGAGUGGGACAACGAAAAUGAGAUAGUCACCGAUCUGACCUGCAUCACAGUGGUGGGCAUAGAGGAUCCUGUCCGGCCAGAGGUACCAGAGGCCAUUAGGAAGUGCCAGCGCGCGGGCAUCACGGUGCGAAUGGUGACUGGCGACAACAUCAACACUGCUCGCGCCAUCGCUGCCAAGUGUGGCAUCAUCCAGGCUGGCGAGGACUUCCUUUGUCUAGAGGGCAAGGAGUUUAACCGGCGAAUCAGAAAUGAAAAGGGAGAGAUUGAACAGGAGCGGAUUGAUAAGAUUUGGCCGAAGCUGCGAGUUUUGGCUCGAUCUUCUCCGACAGACAAGCACACACUGGUUAAAGGCAUCAUUGACAGUACCGUUGUGGAGCAGCGUCAGGUUGUGGCAGUGACUGGCGAUGGGACCAAUGACGGGCCAGCUCUGAAGAAGGCAGACGUUGGCUUUGCUAUGGGCAUUGCUGGCACAGAUGUGGCCAAGGAGGCCUCUGAUAUCAUCCUGACCGAUGACAACUUCUCCAGCAUCGUAAAGGCAGUGAUGUGGGGCCGUAAUGUCUAUGACAGCAUCUCCAAAUUCCUGCAGUUCCAGCUCACAGUCAAUGUGGUCGCUGUCAUUGUGGCCUUCACUGGAGCCUGCAUCACACAGGACUCUCCGCUGAAAGCUGUCCAGAUGCUGUGGGUCAACCUGAUCAUGGACACCUUUGCCUCUCUGGCCUUGGCCACCGAACCGCCCACAGAAGCCCUUCUCCUGCGCAAGCCCUACGGCCGCAACAAGCCCCUGAUCUCCCGCACCAUGAUGAAGAACAUCCUGGGGCACGGGGUCUACCAGCUCACCAUUAUCUUCACCUUGCUCUUUGUGGGAGAGAAGAUCUUUGACAUUGACAGCGGCCGCAACGCGCCCCUCCACUCCCCCCCCUCGGAGCACUACACCAUCAUCUUCAACACGUUUGUGCUGAUGCAGCUCUUCAACGAGAUCAAUGCCCGCAAAAUCCAUGGCGAGAGGAAUGUGUUUGAUGGCAUCUUUGGCAACCCUAUCUUUUGCAGCAUAGUUCUGGGCACAUUUGGGGUGCAGAUUGUGAUCAUCCAGUUCGGGGGCAAACCAUUCAGCUGCGCCCCUCUCAAUGUGGAGCAGUGGCUGUGGUGCCUGUUUGUGGGCGUGGGAGAACUGCUCUGGGGACAGGUCAUUGCCACGGUGCCAACCAGCCAUCUCAAAUGCCUGAAGGAGGCCGGCCACGGGCCGGGCAAGGACGAGAUAACAGACGAGGAGCUCGCGGAGGACGAGGAAGAGAUCGAUCACGCGGAGAGGGAGCUGCGACGCGGGCAGAUCCUGUGGUUCCGUGGGCUCAACCGCAUUCAGACUCAGAUCCGAGUGGUGAAGGCCUUCCGUAGCUCCCUGUACGACGGGCUCGAGAAGCCGGAGUCCAGGAACUCCAUCCACAACUUUAUGGCCCAUCCCGAGUUCAUCAUCAACGACUACAUCCACAACAUCCCCCUGAUCGACGACACCGACAUCGACGAGGAGUCGGAACUGGCCUCCAAGCACAACCACAUCCAGCUCGUCCUCCGCCCGCCGCAGCCCCCGCCCGCGCCCGCGCCCACGCACCCCCACUCCCGUCACCCUCCGCGCCCCUACCGCCAGUACAGCCUCCCCGCCUCCCCCAACAGGAACAACAACGCCAUCGACAGCGGCAUCUACCUGACCCCCACAGACGCCAGCAAGUCGACCACCUCCUCCAGUCCCGGGAGCCCCCUGCACAGCGUGGAGACGUCUCUAUAACGUGGGGGCGGUGGGGGGGUUAGGGCCUGCCGCUCGAGCGCCUGGCGAAACUGCAGAUGAAGACUUUUCAGAAGGAGCGGGGGUGGCGGUGAGGGGUGGGGGGAGGGCAGUCGGGCCUGUGGGGGGGGGGCAGCGGAACCAAACCAAGACAUUGGAAGGUGGAAACAACAGCUCGCUCUCCUCGUCGUCGUCGUCGUCGUGGUCAUCGUUGUCGUCGCCAUGGCCACCGCCAUUGGUUUUUUC